UUAACUGUGAACAUCCAUCCACUGCCAGCAUCUAUCUAUUCUGAAUCUCUGAAAAUAUCUCGUAACCGGCUCCGAUACAGCAUAACACCGCAAAAUCACAAUGACAACACAUUGUACUUUUUUGUUAGUCUCAUAAAGGCUCAUAAAGGGCCCGGGGAUGGAGGAACUUGAUCCUGUCCCAAUCUGUCCCAAUCUUGCCGUAAACUCGACAGAACCAACUCACGUUUCUACUAUUGACCACCCGGAGGACUUCUGCAAGAGAAAUUUCGGAGUCCCCUUCGUGUUAGGGCACCUGUUCCCAUCUCUUCCAGAAUUGGAAGCUAACCAGGCUUCUAUCGCCGUAUUUUAUCAGUAAUCUCAACUCAAAUAGUUCUUGAUUUACUGUCCACGCUCACGUAUGCCAGCUCUUCUACACAACUACGAAGUCCUGCUCGACUUCAACAAUGAUACCAGCAAGCCAGUGUCAAUACAACUGUCUGAAAACUAUGGUCGCAAUACCAACGCGAUCGUCUUGCUUCUACCCUCAGAAGCUGUCUCCUUGAUUUUGCAACCUGGUUUGCUAUACCGCUACGCUGUUAAAAUCAACUCUGGAUCUGUUUAUAAGGUGGCUGACCUCCCGACUUGACAAUUCCUCUG